AAAAUGGUGGUGACUUGAGAGAAUCUUAAAAUCUAGAACUUGUGGAUGAGAAUUCCAGUUUUAUCUAUUUCUCUCUUCUUCUCGGUCUCACAUACAAUUAAGGGCACACUCUGAAAGAAGGCAAGAAUCAGUUAGUUUCUUUGUUUUAGACAACAAGAAUCUGUAAACUAACGCAAAAACAUUGAAACAAUGAUCUUAACAAUGAAACUUGUUCACCCUCUCCAUCACUCUCGGUCUUCCUCCAUUCCCUUUUCAUCAAGAAAAAGGCAAUCCAAACUGUACCUGUGCUCGUUACCUUCUCCCGGCUGCGAAAAGGUCAUCGGACCAAAGACUGUCCUUUCUCCAGCGCCUGUGAGCUUCGAAGGGAGAAGGGUUUUACUUGGAUGUCUCGUCGCUACCGGUUAGAUUAUUCUCUAAUCAGUUCUUUGCAUCUCCACUUAAGCUAGCUUUCAAUCAGUGUAUCAAAAUUCUUAAAAGAGUUGUUGUAAGCAUAGAUAUCUAUAUGCAUGAAUUGUGUUCUUGACUCAAAAUUCAAUCUUUUACAUACAAUUCUCUGGAGCUACGAGCAUCCAAGUUACCGGAAAGCGAAUUAACGACUCUCCCUAGUGGUCUCAAGUCCGUACUUUUCCCCUUCACUACAUAACCCCAAGAGCAUGCAUGAUGCAUUAUUUAGGUACUAUGAUAUAAAAAGUUGGCAAUGGAGUAGAGGCUGUGAAUACAUUUUCUGGUUAACUUUGAAAAUGAAAAUGCUAACAGUUUUCACAAGCCGACAAGGACUUGGCGUUGGAGGUGGAACGCCUUACGGGUUUGACGUUGGACAAUCAGAGAGAGGCAAUGUUCUGAAAGGACUAGAUCUUGAAACUGAAAGGCUUCACAAACCGAAAGGCUGUCAGAGAUUGGUGAUUAUUCCUCCCGAGCUGGCUUACGGGAAGAAAGGAGUGCAAGAGAUUCCUCUAAAUGCAACGAUAGAGCUUGACAUUGAGUUGCUAUCAAUCAAGCAGAGUCCUUUCGGGACGCCAGUGAAGAUCGUUGAAGGCUAAAAGGACUAAUGAAGCCAAAGUUGUACCAUGAUUUUCUGUGUACACUCCCCACCAAAUGUCCACACAUCAGUAAAACUAUAAAAUUGAUCAAAGCUAUGGAAGAUUCAGCUGUAUGAAAAGAAUCUGUUACUGGAAGAUCCAGCGAUUUGUAGCCGGAGAUCACCUAAACGACGGAAACAAAAAAGCAUCGGAGAAGAUAAAUAGUCAAUAAGCAAAAUCGACGAUUUGGGUUUCAUUGGGGUUUAAAUGUUAGAAAUUUAUCUAUAACGAUGCUGAUGAACCAAGGGAAGCACCGAUUCAGUCUCUGGAGAUCUCGUAAACGCCGGUAAUUCAAACAACCACCGGAAAAAUAAGAACCUUGUUCGACAAAAACUUCAAGCCAAUGACCCAGGGAUCCUCGAAAUCAACACGAUUUCGGCAUGCAACUACAAUAACCAACGGAGGCGGCUGAGGAUUAGAGAUGAUUCUAGGGUUUUUAAUGGAACCGUCGGAGAAGAGAGUCUCAAACUUUUCUCGAUUUGAUUUCCUUUUUUCGACUUAACCUUAAUUCCCACAUUUUAUUCUUUAUUUACAUAUUUGUUUAUUUUGUUAAUUUUUUUUUUCUUUUUUAAAUGGCAAAUGGCAUGAUUGUUAUUAAUAUUAA